AUGAGCGACUCUGAAUCGGAAAACUAUGAUAUUAAUAGCAUUUCUGAUGGCUCAGACUCGGAAGGAUACGCGUUACCCGUCAAAAAGGCGAGUUGGGACGCGUUUUUCACGCGUUGGAAAGCAGUUGCGCCCGCAAUAAAGGCAAAACCUGCCGCCGCACCGAAAAAGGCCACGGCGGCAAAAGCACCGGCCAAGUCGCGCGUUGCAUCAACAACAGUGAAGAAGUCCAAGGCAUCCAAGAGCGCAAACGGGACGGAUAUGGAUGUAGACGACGAGACGAGCAGUCGCGGCCACGCCGACAACAGGUCUGAUGUUGAAGUCGCGCCCAAAGCCAAAGCAGCGCCAAAGAAAAAUAAGACAGUGACUGAACAGUAUCAAAAGCUCAGUCAAGUCGAGCACAUUUUGCAACGUCCAGAUUCUUAUAUUGGUAGCGUUGAGCCAAUCACGCAAGCUAUGUGGGUUUAUGACUCGGAGAACAAGCGAAUGGUCCACAGGGACGUGCGAUAUGUUCCUGGUUUCUUUAAGAUCGUAGAUGAGAUUCUGGUCAAUGCGGCCGAUAACAAGGUCAACGACGAGUCCAUGGACACGCUCAAGGUCACCAUAGACGUCGAAGAGGGCAUAAUUUCCGUCUAUAACAACGGUCGUGGUAUCCCUAUCGCCAUGCACGAGACGGAGAAUAUGUAUAUCCCCCAGCUCAUCUUUGGCAACUUGCUCACCUCAUCCAACUACGAUGACGACGAGAAAAAGCUCACUGGUGGUCGUAACGGUUAUGGUGCUAAGCUCGCCAACAUUUACUCUCACGAGUUUACGGUGGAGACGGCGUGCCGAGACGGAAAGGGAUAUGAUGCGGCCAAGUAUAAGCAAGUUUGGACGAACAAUAUGUCCAACGUAAGCAAGCCAAAGAUUUCCGCAAAUCCGAGGGACGAAGAAUACACUCGUAUCACCUUCCGACCCGAUCUUGCACGCUUCCAUAUGGACAGCAUCGAUGAGGACACACUUGCGUUGCUUCAGCGACGAGUGUACGAUAUGGCUGGUACUAUGAAGACGACCAACGCCGAGGGGAAGAAGCACGGCAAGGACGUCAAAGUCUAUCUCAACAACGAGCGCAUCGGCAUCAAGUCAUUCAAGCAGUACGUCGAGAUGUAUGUCUCAUCUGCCGCAGAUAAUGCUGCAGAGCAGUCUGGUGCCGCUUCAGUAAAGCAGACAGUGGUUCACGAGCGCAUCAAUGACCGCUGGGAGGUCGCCUUCACCAUCUCCGAUAGCGGCACGUUUCAACAAGUGUCGUUCGCCAACUCUAUUGCGACUAUCAAAGGUGGCACACAUGUUGCGACUGUAGCAGACCAGAUUGCCAAAUCACUGCUCGCAGCUGUUCAGAAGAAGAACAAGGCGGCGACGGUUAAAUUGCCUCAGAUCAAGAACCACAUGUGGCUCUUUGUGAAUGCGCUCAUCGAGAAUCCGACAUUUGACUCGCAGACCAAAGAGACGUUGACUUUGCCAGCAAGCAAGUUUGGAAGCAAGCCGACACUCUCCGAGGACUUUAUCAAGCGAGUUGGAAAGACGAGUAUCAUUGACAGCAUCCUCAACUGGGCCAAGUACAAGGCAGACCAGCAGAUCAAGAAGACUGAUGGUACAAAGCGUAGUCGUCUUAAUGGAAUGACAAAGCUUUGCGAUGCUAAUAAUGCUGGCUCGCGCAAUGGUUCAGCUUGUACUCUCAUCUUGACCGAAGGAGACUCCGCCAAGGCGUUGGCUGUUGCCGGACUCUCGGUCGUUGGUCGCGACAAUUUUGGUGUCUUCCCGCUACGGGGAAAGCUACUCAACGUGCGAGAGGCGAGCCACGACCAAAUUAUGAAGAACGAGGAGAUUCAGAACAUCAAAAAGAUCAUGGGUCUGCAGCAUAACAAGGAUUACAAGUCAACUGAGAGCCUGCGUUAUGGCAGACUCAUGAUUAUGGCCGAUCAGGAUCACGAUGGUUCGCAUAUCAAGGGCUUGCUGAUCAAUUUUUUCGACCACUUCUACCCAUCGCUGCUCAAGCUUCCCGAGUUCUUGGUUGAGUUUGUCACACCUAUCGUCCGCGUCAAACAUGGCAAAACGUACAAGAACUUCUUUACCAUUCCGGAGUAUCAGCAAUGGGCAGAGGCUCACGCCCACAUUUCGGGAUGGACCGCCAAGUACUACAAAGGUCUGGGUACUUCAGAGGACCAAGAUGCCAAAGCGUACUUUAGCGACAUGCCAACACAUAUGAUUCCAUUCUCCAAACUCCGAGAAGAGGACAGGCAGCUCAUCGACAUGGCAUUCAGCAAGAAGAAAGUUGAAGAACGUAAAGAAUGGCUCAGGAACUUUGUGCCCGGAACCUAUCUCAAUCACAAUCGUGAUGAGAUUCCUUACAGCGAAUUCAUCAACAAGGAGCUCAUUCUGUUCUCCAUGGCAGACAAUGCGCGCUCCAUUCCGUCUAUGGUAGAUGGUCUUAAGCCUUCUCAGCGCAAAGUCGUUUUUGCGUGCUUCAAACGUAAAUUGAAGGGCGAAAUUAAGGUCAACCAGUUGAUGGGUUACAUCGGCGAACACACGGCGCAUCACCACGGCGACGCUUCACUCCAUCAGACUAUCGUCAAUUUGGCGCAACACUUCGUUGGCAGCAACAACAUCAAUCUGCUCUAUCCUGCUGGUCAGUUUGGUACUCGCGCCGCCGGAGGCAAGGACCACGCCGCUGCCCGUUAUAUUUCUACGCGCCCGGUCGACCUUGCUCGCAAGAUCUUCAACACAUCUGAUGACGCUCUUCUCAACUAUUUGACGGAGGACAAUCUUAAGAUUGAGCCUGAAUGGUACAUGCCCACAGUGCCGCUCGUAUUGAUCAACGGAGCGGACGGUAUUGGAACUGGAUGGAGUACAUCGAUUCCAAACUACAACCCAGUCGAUAUUGGCACUAUCGAGAAGGCUGAUAACAAGGGCAAGUAUACCUGUACUGGGAUAGCACGAGUCAUCGAUAGCAAGACGGUCGAAAUCUCAGAGCUGCCCAUCCGAAAAUGGACGGAUGACUACAAGAAGCAGCUUGAAGAUUGGGUCAUUGGUGCGGAGAAAGAUAAAUCCGACAAAGACAAGGAGAAGGGCAAACCUUCUGAGACCUUCAUCAAGGACUAUCGCGAGUAUCACACGACCACGAGUGUCAGUUUCGUCGUGACCAUGUCCGAGAAAGACGUUGCACGCGCAGAAAAGGAGGGACUAGAGAAGUUCUUCAAGCUCACAGCCUCGAUUAGCACGUCGAAUAUGAUCUGCUUUGACAGCGCGGGCAAGAUCCACAAGUAUGAGACGCCAGAAGACAUCUUGGAGGACUUUUAUCACUUACGUCUCCAGUGGUACGCCAAGCGCAAGCAACACGUUUCGAACGAGAUGGAGCUCGAGUUGGAUCGCCUUAAUAACCAGGCGAGAUUUGUUCAAAUGAUUGUCGACAAGAAACUGGUUGUCGCGAACCGCAAGAAGGAAGAUAUCGUCAAGGAACUCCGCGAGCUCCAGUUUACACCGUUCCCGAAGUCCCCCAAGACGAAGAAGCAGGAUGAUACGGAGGCUGUUGUCGAAAACGACAUUGACGAGGACGACGUGGCUGUUAUCAAAGGCCUGCCAUCCAACUCUGACUUUGACUACUUGCUUGGAAUGGCCAUCUGGAAUCUCACUCGAGAGAAGAUCGAGAAGCUUAGAGCGAACGCCAAGGAACAGGAGGACAAACUUCUCGCUUAUCUCAAGCUUACACCAAUCGACUUAUGGAACUCCGACUUGGAUCAGUUCCUCGAGGGUUGGGAGGCCGUCAUUGAGCAAGAUAUUGCAGAGGAGCAGGGCAACAAGCCGAAGAAGAAGGGCACAACGAUUAAGACUCGCAAGUCGCUGGUUCGUAGGAAAAACGGCGAUUACGGCGACAGUGACGACGAAGACUUUGCUGCUGCGGCCAAGUCCAAGAAAGCAGGCUCAAGGAAAAAUGAGGAUGAAGGUCCAAAGAGGACAGCUGCCAGCAAAGCCAAGAUAGCGGCCGCGGCAGCAGUCUUCGGUGCAUCUGACAACGACGAGGAUGAGGAUGAGGAUGAGGAGCCGCGACGGAACAGGAUAUCGCUGGUCGCAUCUCGUUCAGAACCGUCAGACACGGAAAUGAAGCCUGCUCCCAGGGCAGCUCCCAAGGCGGCUCCCAAGAAGGCUACUGCUCCCAAGAAGACUGCUGAGAAACGGAAGAGUGAUGCUAUGUCUCUGGAUGGCUCAGAUUCGGAGGUAUACGUGAAGCCUGCGCCGAAGAAGAAGCAAAAAACCCUCGAUCAGUUUAUCUCGAAGCCAAAGGCCACCAAAGCCCCGACUGCGAAGAAGCCACCCCCGGCUCCCAAGAAGACCAAAGCGAUCCUUAGCGACGAAGACGACGAUUCGGACCCAAUCUCAUCAAAACCAAGGACUCCUCCACCAAAGAGAACAGUAACUGCGAGAGCCGGAGUCGCGAAGAAACCCGCCUACGUCGAUUUGACUUCCGAUGAUGAGGAUGGCGGAGGUGGAAAGAUUGCUGAUGAGACGCAGGACGCGUUCGAGCUAUCCGAUUGA